CAUCUCCUUCUCCGGUCGAGAAGAACGUCAAACACUGCUCGACGAGAUCUAGCCCGACCGGAUCCUCCUUCAAUAAUUUGAGAGACAUUUGGCUCCCAGAAAUCCCAGAGACACGAUGUCCUCGUUGUUGACCAAGUCUAAGUGGUUGGAACUCUCCCCAAAGCUAAAAUACGUUCUCUCUGAUUGUGACGGAGUAUUGUGGAACGGCGACUGCGCGAUUCCAGGGGCGCGGGAAUUCAUAGCGACACUCCGGAAAGAUGGCAAACGGGUCUGUUUUGUUACAAACAACAGCACCAAGACCCGGGAGCAAAUUCUAGAGAAGUGCACAAAAAUGAAGUUCGGGACCUCGCUCGAAGAUGUGUAUGGUACCGCGUAUGCAACGGCCGCAUACCUCAAGAUGCUCGGGGUCGGAUCGGUGUACCUCGUCGGCUCCCCCGCCCUCCACUACGAGAUGACAGCGUUGGGCAUCAGGAGCACGGGGCUCGGGCCCGAUGAGUUGGGCGGCAACUGGAACUCGUGGCUGAGCAUCAAGUUGGAAGAUGGGAUCCAGGCGGUCGUUGCGGGUUUCGAUGAGCACUUCUCCUUGGCGAAAGUUUGCCGCGCGGCUUCUUAUCUCCGCAAUCCUGACUGUCAUUUCAUUGUCACAAACCGUGAUCAAAGUCUACCGUCAGAACGUAAAGAUCUCGUGCUGCCUGGAACCGGCUGCAUAAUAUCCAGCCUUGAGACUGCCGCUGGGAGGCCACCGAUCGUGGUGGGGAAGCCGUAUCCCACAAUGAUAGAACUUCUUAAGAAACAGUUCCCCGACCUGGAUCCCGAGAAUACACUCUUCAUCGGCGAUCGGCUCAACACAGAUAUCGAGCUGGGACGGAGGCAGGGCUUCAAGACGUUGUUGGUCGAAACGGGAGUACACAAUAGAAAAGACAUCGACCCUCUCAAAGCUCCGACCUACUACGUGCCUUCGCUGAAUGAUUUGUACGGUUAUAUGCAAUGAGCUUUUAGGGAAGAUCCACAUUGUGUUUUCAAAUUGACAAUAAAGUUCUUGUUAAUGUUUAAUUUAUCAGAUGGGCGAAAGUCUCGUCUGCGCU